GUCAUUACAAAACGGAUCUCAAGAAGCUCAAUGGAAAUGAGGAACACCCUGGCAACUCUCUGCACCCUUUUAGCUUUUGUGGCAACUGGUUAUUCUCUGACUUGCACAGAAUGUCUGUCUUGGAAUGGAAUGCCCUGCUCUGGAACCAGUGUGACCUGCUCAGCCAAUGAAGUCUGUGCAUCUCUGUUCAUGGGAAUUUUCCUUGGCACAAGCAGCAUUUCCAUGACUGCAAGCUCCUGUGCACCAAAAGAAGACUGUGGUAUAUCUGGAAGUCUCAGUUUUCCAUCUUCCAAGACAACAUUCGCCUCAUCCUGCUGCUCCACGGACUAUUGCACCCCAGCUAAACCAGCCUUACCAGAUAUUGUGAAUAAAUACAACGGACUGACUUGUCCAGCCUGCGUGUCAGUGGAAUCUGAUCAGUGUGACCCAGGGGAAAGAAUGCUGUGCACUGGGAAUGAAAAUAUGUGCUAUUGGCAAACCACAGUAUGGCCAGGAGUAUCCAGCGAUAUUGAGAUGCGAGGAUGUGCAACUAAAAGUGUGUGUGAUCUCGUCAGCGCAGGACCAUCAUCUUUAUUUAAACCCCUGAACGUCAGUUCAAACAGUUUUUGCACCAGUCAAGCCUUUCCCGUUAGUCACUGAUUCCUUCUCCCAGCAGCCAUUGCUUCCGCACUAAUUAUAUGCAUGGAUAGUACGAAGAGUAAAUCUUUCCAAAUUUAAGAUGAUUCAGCUUUUAAAUUAGAAAAAUAUAUCUAUAUCCUAAACUUCUAGUAGAAAAAUGCUGUUUAAACUUGUCUAAAAUAUCAAUGGGAUUAUAAAAAUGGGUUAUGAUGUGGCAGCAGUAUGCAAGGUAACCUGCUAAUACAUUUCCAUAUAAUAUAUAUGUCUGUCUGUCACGCCACAAGGGUACGCAGCGCUGUACAAUCUUACAAUAUACA